GUGGUCGGUGUGUUUCCUCCUCAUGGCGGCCUAUCAGGACUCUCCCCUCUACCUGGGCUUCGACUUCAGUACUCAGCAGCUGAAGGUGGUGGCGAUCGACGGAGAACUGAACGUGGUUCAUCGGGACAAUGUGCACUUUGACUCCGAGCUACCUGAGUUCAGGACUCAGGGAGGAGUUCACCUCCACGCCGACAGACUGACCGUCACCUCACCUGUGCUGAUGUGGGUCAAGGCUCUGGACCUGCUAUUGGACAAGAUGAAGAGGGCGGGGUUUGACUUCUCUCGAGUCAGAGCGCUGUCAGGCAGCGGCCAGCAACAUGGCAGCGUGUACUGGAGACGAGGAGCGUCCAAGACUCUGAACCAGCUCGACCCGGAGCAGACCCUGUUCCAGCAGCUGCAGGACAGUUUCUCGGUGUUGGACAGUCCUGUGUGGAUGGACUCCAGCAGCAGACAGCAGUGUGAGGAGCUGCAGGCAGCAGCAGGAGGAGCUCUGAGACUGGCAGAGGUCACCGGGUCCAGAGCCUACGAGCGUUUCACAGCAAACCAGAUCGCCAAGCUGCGACAGAGCCGAGCGGACCAGUACCAGGACACUGAGAGGAUCUCAUUGGUCAGUAGUUUUGCAGCCUCUCUCUUCCUCGGUGAUUACGCCGCCAUCGACUACAGUGACGGUUCAGGGAUGAAUCUUCUGGACAUCAGGACCAGAACCUGGUCUGAGAUCUGCCUGGAGGCCACCGCUCCACGUUUGGACCGACUGCUGGGAGCGCCGCUCCCCUCCACAUCUGUACUGGGUCCCGUCUCCUCCCUCUGUGUGGCUGCACAUGGUUUCAGUGAGAGCUGCCGGGUGGUGACCUUCACUGGAGACAACCCAGCAUCUCUGGCAGGAAUGAGGCUCCAGCAGGGAGACAUCACUGUGAGUCUAGGGACUAGUGACACGGUGUUUCUGUGGAUCCAGCAGCCUCGUCCUGCUCUGGAGGGUCACAUCUUCUGUAACCCUGUGGACUGGCAGGUGUACAUGGCUCUGCUGUGCUUCAAGAACGGGUCUCUAACGAGGGAGCGCAUCCGGGACGAGUGUGCUGGAGGAUCAUGGGAAGUUUUUUCCGCUGCGUUGAGGGACACGCCGCUCGGAAACAAAGGAAACAUAGGCUUUUAUUUUGACACCAUGGAGAUCACCCCUCCUGCAGUGGGAGUUCAUCGCUUUGACCCUGAUGACACUGAGGUGUCCUCCUUCAGUCCUCAGGUGGAGGUCCGGGCGGUGGUGGAGGGUCAGUUUCUGUCCAGGAGAGUCCACGCUGAGCGUCUGGGUUACUCCAUCGUUCCAGGGACCAGAGUGAUGGCGACAGGAGGAGCUUCGUCUAAUAGAGAGAUUCUACAGGUUCUGUCUGACGUGUUCAACGCUCCGGUCUACACCAUCGAUCUGUCAGACUCCGCCUGUCUGGGCUCCGCCUACAGAGCUCUGCACGGCCUGGUCGCAGAAUCUGGAGUUUCCUUCUUUGACGUGGUGAAGAAAGCACCUGAACCACAGCUGGUCGCCACGCCGCAUCCUACAGCACAGGAGGUGUACGACCAGAUGUUGAAGCGAUACGCCCGAUUGGAGGACAGAGUCCUGCAGGAGAGCCGCACCUGAUCCGCAGCCACCAAUCAGAUCUGUCGAUGGAAAUCGGACGUUUUCAGAAAGUGAAUUACUGAAGAUAAAUUCUGAAUGAAAUACGUUUCAGUCAAAAACAGUUUUAGAAAGAUGAUCUGAAGUUUAGUUCAAAUUAAUUAACGCUGCCAAUCAAUGAAAAUAAUGUAGCUUGUAUGAAUUAGCACUAACGGAUAAUUACAGCAGGAAUCAAAGGCAACAAACAAAUGUAAAACAUGAAUAUUUUCAUUUAUAUAUUUGAAUUAAAAGCAGAAUGAAAAUCAACCACAGAUUAAAGUUGAUCAAAUUUAGACAAAAGGAACGUUACAUAUAAAUAAACUGAUCCCACGUCAGUGUUUAGCUGCUCACCAGUUUUAACUAUUCAACAGGUCUGAACCAGGUCUAUGUCUGGACCUCUGGUCAAAUCCUGAUUUUAAAACUGUGAUGUCGCCUGAUUAAAUCACCAAACACAUGAAUUAUAGACAGAGACUGAGCUGUUCAGAUCAGAGAGGAAGUCACAAGAGACGGACUGUCUUUCUUCUUGAGUCUCUGACGCAGAGCUCAGCCUCCGUCUGGAUCCACUGUAGUUUAGUUUUUAUUUCCUUCAGCUCCAGAACAUCACAGACUUUUAUCAGAGGCAAGUCUUUACCACAAAACAAAAUGUUGAUUACACAAAACAAACAGAAACACUGGUAGACAGCGGCUCAGCACUCAUCUGACCAGUGGAGGAAAUAUGAUCAGUCAGUCAGUCAGUCAGUCAGUUAGUGACAUUCCAGAUUGUAGGUCUGGCCCUGUUCCAGCCAAAAACUACAGCUGAUCCAGGGUCAGUAUUCAGCCCAGUUGGGGAAAACAAAGCUUAAGUGAGUUAGUUCUUAAUGCAGUUACUGUUACAAUUACUGUUGUUUAUAAAGUUCCAUUCACACAAUGUUUUUAUUGUCCUGAGCCAAGCUUCAGGAUCUGGAACAAACCGGUCUCUACGCCGACAAGGUCCGAUCAUGUGACACUAAACAUCUGUCACACAAACUGGCUUCCUCACAAAAACACCUUUAAUCUAAAUGGUAUUUUAAUGUAUAAUUUGUAAUAAACGAAAUGAUGACAUGAG